GUUAAACUACAUUCCAACAGAGUGCUUGUUACAAAAACAACAACAAACCCUCAGAUCAGUUGUUAAAGUGCCAAACGAGUCUGAUACUGAAAUGCUUUCUUGAACUCUUUUUAUAUUUUAUAUAUUUUCUCCUCACAUAAUAAUGUAUUAAUGGGUGCCAACUAUAUUGAGUAAGCUACCAGACAUGAUAGCAUGUGGUCAUUCAAACGAUCAAAUGAGCAGCUGUGUUCUGGAUGAGGAGACGUUCUGUCGGUGCUGCCAGCUCUUCCUGGAACACUCCCACUCCCUAUGUGAUGGCUGGAGCUGGCAACUGGUAAAGGGUUCUGAGGAAGGCUAUCUGAGGAAGGUUGCACUGGGGAAUGUCAGAAUCAGAACCAGCUCUAACCCAAACCAGAUCACCGACCAAUACAUACAGGGAGCCAGUUCCGACCAGCGCCAGGGGAGGACCUCCCCUUUCACCCCCCAUAAGGAGAACGAUGAUGACCACAAUGAUGAACAGUAUUAUGAUGACGAUGAUGGAGCUGUGUGUUGUAUGCAGGAUAGCAGGAGUAGCGGCGUGAUUCAGUAUGAAUACCACAUUCUCUACUCCUACAGUUACCAGACUCCUGUCCUCUACUUCAGAGCCUCAACCCUAGAGGGUAGAAGUCUAUCUCUAGAGGAGGUUUGGGAUGGUGUUCAUCCUAACUACAGGCAGAGAUUACAGCAUGGACCCUGGGACACAAUUACACAACAGGAGCACCCACUGCUGGGCCAGUCGUUCUUUGUGCUCCACCCCUGCAGGACAGAGGAGUUUAUGAGGCCUGUGCUGCAAGCUGCCCUGGAGGAACAUCGACAGGUGAACUACGUGGUGACCUGGCUCAGUGUGGUGGGUCCAGUAGUGGGAUUAGAUGUUCCCCUCAGCUACUGCACAAAAGUACCUGCGCCAUCACACACUUCCCCCAGCCCUCUACAGCCCCCUGCUCUACAGACACAGCCAGACUGAGUGGAUCUAAGUGUUAUAUCGAGUGUGGAUGAAAUGUUUUGCCAAAGCACAUUUCCAAUGGAGGCAGAUUUGACAUCAGCUAGAGAUGUGGAUGUCUGAUUGCCUAGUGGGCAGGAUACUGUAGGGUAGGGAAGCUGCUUUUCAUGGCUGAUCUGUGUAGAGAACCGGUACAUGCACUGCUGAAAUGUACAGGUUUGAGAACUUUCAUGCAACUUCACAACACUCUCAUAACUGCUAAGUCAAGGCCGCACAUGGUCCAGUUUUCAAAGGCUGGGUAACAGUGAUGUGUGAACCCCUUUAUGGAAUACAUUGCCAGAUCAAUCUAAACUGUCUUAAAAAGAUCUCAGAUUGCAUAGAUGGGUUACAUUGUCCGGAUCACUUUUGUCCAGAUUUGAAAAACUAAACUCAGAUGUUAGAUCUAAGGAGUUGGAUCAGGAUGACAAAUAGAUGUGGUAGAGGGUUAUAAAUGAAUACUUUGUUUUUUGUCAAAGCAGGCCUAGUUGUGGGAGAUCAGACAACUUGAAAAAACAAAAAUGUACAUAUAGUAGCUUUAGAAUUAUUUUUUUUUCUUCACAUUUUGUGGUGUCAGUGCCUCUUGAGUUUCAAGCAUUUAAAUUAGAUUUUUCUCCACUUAUAAACACAAAGAAUGCCACACUUUUAGAGUGUAAAAUACAAAGCGCAAAUAUACCCUUUCCAGAUAAGUCUCCACUCCUCCAAAUGAAUAAAGUUGGAGGUACCUUAGUCAGUAAGUAUAGCUUUGAGUUGUUGAGAUAGGUCUCUACUAACUUUGUGCCAGUGGCGAAGCUUAGCUUUCUCUCCCAUGGGUGUGAAUCUUAGCCACACACUUUAUUAAAAUAGCCAAUAAUUCAGGGAACUAUCUCAUCUGGCAAUGCUAACUACACUCUCACAGAUUGGUCGAUGAUUCAAUGCAUUAUGGAAUCAUAAAAAUAUAGAUGUUUAUCUCUUCAAUGUCAACUAAAUAGUAUGUAGCAAAUCAUAAUAUUAUUUUAUUAUGCUUGCUAGAAUUUUUCCAACCAUAAGAUGAACUUCUUGGGGGCCCCUGUGAUUGACUGUCAUGGGUGCCGCGCACCCA